UUUAAUUAGGGAGCAAAUCCAUGGAACUCCUCAUGUUGUCAUGCCAGAAGUGGAAUUCCCUGAGCAGUUCUUCGCAGUUCUAACCAUGGACCGUGAAUUGGUGACAUUCAGGGAUGUGGUCAUCAGCUUCUCCCAGAAGGAGUGGGAACAUCUGGAUUCUGAUCAGAGGGACUUGUACUGGGAUGUGAUGAUGGAGAACUACAGCAAUUUGGUCUCACUGGAUUUGGAGUCAAGGAAUGAGACAAAGAGUUUUUCUGGAGAAAAGGAUGUUAUUGAAAACCAUGGUUGUCAGUGUGAGAUAAUGGAAAGUAGCAAAUUAUUCAGCCUUAAAAGCUCCAUUUUCAGAAAUAACUGGCAGAACAAAAGCAAAAUUGAAAUAGAAGGACCUCAAGUGAGAUAUUUCAGUCAAAUGACAAUCAUUUCUGAAGAUGUGCCCAAUUUCAAAAAUGAUGAAUCUCUUAAAUUACCUCAGAUAACUCACGACAGUAAGAAGCCCUAUGAUUAUAAGGAAUUUGAGGAAGUCUUCAUUUGUGAUUCAAACUUUGAUGAACAUCAGCGACUACAUGCUAGUGAGAAAACUUGCAAAUGUAAUGAAUGUUGGAAAACCUUUGGGAUAGAUAACUCCCAUACACUACAACUGAAUAUUCAUACUGGUGUGAAACCUUGUAAAUAUAUAGAAUAUGGGAAUACAUUUACUUUUAAUAAAGAUCUUGGUAUACCCCAGAGAAUUCAUGAUGAGAAGUUUUAUAAAAGUAAGGAAUAUGGAAGGACCUUUGGAAUAACUGGAGAUGUUACUCCACUUCAAAGAAAUGAUGGUGAGAAACCCUUUGAAUGCACGUUCUGUCGGAAAUCCUUUAAGGUACAUGCACAACUUACUCGGCAUCAGAAAAUCCAUACUGAUGAGAAAUCUUACAAAUGUAUGGAAUGUGGCAAGGACUUUAGAUUUCAUUCACAGCUCACUGAACAUCUGAGAAUACAUACUGGUGAGAAACCCUACAAAUGUAUACACUGUGAGAAGGUUUUUAGAAUUAAUUCACAGCUCAUUGAACAUCAGAGAAUUCAUACAGGAGAGAAACCUUAUGCAUGUAAGGAAUGUGGGAAGGCUUUUGGAGUCUGUAGAGCACUUGCUCGACAUCAGAGAAUUCACACUGGUAAGAAACCUUAUGAAUGCAAGGCAUGUGGAAAGGUCUUUAGAAGUAGUUCAUCCUUGACUAGACAUCAAAGAUUUCAUACUGGUGAGAAACCUUAUAAAUGCAAAGAAUGUGAGAAAGCAUUUGGAGUAGGCAGUGAACUUACUAGACAUCAGAGAAUUCACAGUGGUCAGAAACCUUAUGAAUGUAAGGAAUGUGGGAAAUUCUUUAGAGUAACUUCAGCCCUUAUUCAACAUCACAGAAUUCAUAGUGGUGAGAAACCGUAUGAAUGUAAGGUAUGUGGGAAGACCUUUAGACAUAGUUCAGCCCUUAUUGAACAUCAGAGAAUUCAUAGUGGUGAGAAUCCUUAUGAAUGCAAGGCAUGUGGCAAGGCCUUUAGACAUAGUUCAUCCUUUACAAAACAUCAGAGAAAACAUAAUGGUGAGAAACCCUAUGAAUGUAAGGAAUGUAGGAAUGCCUUACAUGUGGGUGGGCACCUUACUUGACAUUAA